AUUUAUAUCCUUUUAUGGCAAACAUAACCGCUAGAUAAAUAGGUUUUGCGAAAUUUGUGAAAUAAAAUUAUUUGCCAAGUGUUCAUAACCAGUGCGUGUGCCAAGAGAAUUUCUCGUAAACUGCCAACACGUAGUGUAAACUUUUCUACUACAAUAUCUCCGUGUUCCACUUGAGGAUUCUUACCAUUUCCGGCAAACCGGAUCAUUUUUCACAUAAAAAAAACAGGAAAAUGUCAUUUGCAUCAAAGAGUAUUUACGCGACUUUGCCGCGGACCCAACGAGGACAGCCCCUGGUGUUGGGCGGGGAUCCCAAAGGCAAGAACUUUCUCUACACCAAUGGCAAUUCCGUGAUCAUUCGCAACAUCCAAAACCCUGCAAUUGCCGACGUCUACACGGAACAUUCCUGUCCGGUAAACGUCGCCAAGUACUCCCCUAGCGGCUUCUACAUCGCCUCUGGAGACCAAUCGGGCAAAGUCAGAAUCUGGGACACAGUCAACAAGGAGCACAUCCUUAAAAAUGAGUUUCACCCAAUCGGGGGGCCCAUCAAAGAUAUCGCUUGGUCCCCUGAUAACCAACGAAUGGUCGUGGUUGGCGAAGGCCGCGAACGCUUCGGUCAUGUUUUCAUGUCCGAAACGGGAACUUCCGUUGGCGAAAUCUCAGGCCAAUCAAAACCCAUCAAUUCCUGCGAUUUCAAACCCACGAGACCUUUCAGAAUCAUCACGGGGUCUGAAGACAACACCAUUGCGGUUUUCGAGGGGCCCCCGUUUAAGUUCAAAAUGACCAAGCAGGAGCACAGCAGGUUUGUGCAAGCCGUUCGUUAUUCACCCACCGGUAAUUUAUUUGCCUCGGCUGGGUUCGAUGGUAAGGUGUUUCUGUACGAUGGUACGUCCUCCGAUUUGGUGGGGGAAGUGGGAAGCCCCGCCCACAGCGGGGGCGUGUAUGGGGUUAGUUGGAGUCCCGACGGUAAACAAUUGCUAACAGCCAGUGGGGACAAAACUGCGAAAUUGUGGGACGUGGAAACGAGACAAGUCGUCUCUGAAUUCGUCCUAGGUUCGACAGUUGAAGAUCAACAAGUUUCGUGUUUAUGGCAAAACGAAUACUUGCUCACGGUUUCUUUGAGUGGUUUUAUUAAUUAUUUGGAUAUUAAUGACCCAACGAAGCCGCUCCGGGUUGUUAAAGGGCACAAUAAACCCAUCACUGUCUUAGAAUUGAGCGAAGAUCGUGGUACGAUCUUUACCGGGUCGCAUGAUGGUAAUGUGACUCGAUGGAACGCCGAAACUGGGGAGAACGAUCGGGUUGAGGGCGUGGGUCAUGGUAACCAGAUCAAUGGGAUGAGGGUACAUGGUGGUACUUUGUACACUUGUGGUAUUGAUGACUCUUUAAAACAAAUCGACAUUGAGGGCAACACGUACAAAGGGCAAGAUUUGAAGUUGGGGUCGCAACCUCGCGGAAUGGACAUUUUAAAAGAGCAAAAUGUGGUGGUCACAGCGAGUGUUAACGAAAUCACCGUCUCGCAAGAUAACAGGAAAGCAAGCACUUUGAAGGUGUCUUAUGAACCGUCAAGUGUCAGCGUUUCGCCGCGGGGUCACGUGGCUGUGGGUGGUGCCAUGGACAACAAGGUGCAUUUAUACGAACUGAAAGGCACAGAGUUGGUACCCUUGCAAGAAUUGGACCAUUUGGGUGCCGUAACAGACGUUGCCUACUCUCCCGAUGACAAGUAUCUAGUGGCCUGUGAUGCCCACAGAAAAGUCGUACUGUAUAGUGUUCCUGAAUACAAGCUCGCCACCAAUCAAGAAUGGGGUUUCCACAACGCGCGUGUUAACAGCGUUGCUUGGUCGCCCGACUCUUUGCUAGUCGCUAGUGGUAGUUUGGACACGAGUAUCAUUAUCUGGUCUGUUGAAAAGCCCGCCAAACAUAUUAUAAUCAAAAACGCUCAUGCUCAAAGUCAAGUCACUAGAUUAGCCUGGCUUGACGACCAGACUUUGGUCUCAGUGGGGCAGGAUUGCAACACGAAAUUGUGGACCAUCACCAAGUUCUAAUAAUUUUUUUAAAUGGCCUUUUUGCAUUUAACGUAAAGCUUUUUUAUUUAUUACAUACAGUAGGGUGAUGCAGUGGCGGGCCUAACCGACGUGUCAAUUAAUUUAUUUCAAGUAUUGAUUUUCUAAUAGUGUAAAUAUUUAAAUCGAGGAGUGUUAUGAUGAAUGAAAAAUCUGCUAAAUCAUCCAAAUACUAUAAUCUAAAAAGUAUUAUUUUUGUUUAUAUUGAAUAAAUAGCUGUCUGAUAAA